AUGGAGAUUCUUCCUCUGGAGAUCAAGUGGCAUAUUUGCCGCUUUGUCAAUGCCGACCCUUCUGGUAUCCUAGCCCCCCUUAGCCUGACAAACCGAGAUUGGUAUGAUGUGACGGUUCUUAUUCUCUAUGAAACUCUCAGAGUUAGGUUUGUAGAUAGUGUGAGCCUUCAAAACGCUGUCUCAGAGCUGAAGGAGGGUGGUCGCGGGCGACUCUUUCUGAAGUAUGCUCGAAUACUAGAUAUAGUUUGUCUUUGGGGCUACAGCGAAAAGCCAUGGCGUCGCCAGAGUAUGGAACUUGUUCACUACGGCUUCCCGGCUUCGGAUAGCACUUUUCUAAUGUACUGCUUGAAAGAGUGCCUUGGCCCAGAUUUCUGGUCUCAUAUUUUAAAGCUCCGGUAUUAUGGAGAGGAGAAGUGGCAACCGCUUGUCUCUGUGAUUGCUCAUCUAGAGCACCUCAGUGAGCUAAAUUAUGUAGUAGAUAUGACCAUGUACCCACCAUCACUCCAGCAAGUCUUACGCCAAUAUCAUCCAAUGUGCCGUCUAAACAUCUGGCCUUUCCAAGACGUAAGUCUUGAUUCGCAUAUUCUGCCACGAAUCCAAUGUCCCCGUGCUUUCAAGAACCUUGAUAUUCUUCGUUCGUCGGGGCUGCAUACUGUUUCCGUGGAUUAUUUCAUGAAUGAAGUCGGGAGACCUUGGGUUCAUUCCAACGAAAUUCUGUCGAUCAUAUGCAUGACUCCAAGUCUUAAGCAUCUUCAUCUACGCGGGAGAAAUCCUCGUUCUCUGACUUUGCUGAAACCGACGGGCAAAGAAAGUACUGCGAAUGAGAAGCCCAGCCCAGCAGCAUGCUUAGUUUCACACUCUUUUACGUCGCCGGCUCGCUGUGGAGCUUGGGAGGUAACGCUGCUCGAACUGGCAAAUAUUGUCGAUCUUUCACGGCUUCAUUCACUGGAUAUCUCGAUUCACUCGGAUCCUACACUGGUAAUGCGAGCUGCUUCAAUCUUAACAAGUGCCUAUGAAGAAGAUGAUGAAAGAGAUGCCAUCCAGCAAAUGAGCCGAUCGUUUCUCGUCACACCCAAUGCCUGUAAGGGCAAUCCCCAGAAUGUCAGGGAAAUUGGAACAGAGGUGCAGGACCUCCAGGGACUGCCGAGGGAUGAGAUUGUGGUAUCACAUUAUACGUCUAGCCGCCUAAGGUUAUGA